CUUGGCAUCCCGCCCCAGAUGAUAAGGGUUUGCCGGCUUGGCCUUAGCGUUCUGUCGACCGCAGAUAAUAGACCCUGGCUUGUUUGGGACGAGCCCGGAUGCUUAAAAAGAUCUUCUGUCGUCGUCAAAUCGGUCGUCGUGCUUUGCCCUUGUCACCUCACCUUCAACCCUCCGAGCUGCUCCACUGCUACUUCCCUCCGUCAACCGCAUUGGGACCCAUUUCGACUCGAUAGCGGCUCUCGAUCGUCAAUCACUAUGGGUUGGGUUGAGAACACCAACCUCAAAAUUGGCCAGUCUGCCAUCGGCCGCUGGUUCCGCUUGGCAGGAUGUGGACAUCCCAAGGAGCGCAAGAACAGUCACUUCUUCACUGAGAUUCGUGCGGGCCUGGCGACUUUCUUCGCAAUGGCCUACAUCAUCAGUGUCAACUCAUCCAUUCUCUCGGCAACCGGUGGAACCUGCUACUGCCCACCCGAGAAGCUGGCAGAUCCGAAAGAUCUGUGUGAUGCCGACACGGCGUAUCUGCUAUGCAAGCAGGAAAUCACCCGUGAUCUUGUUACUGCCACCGCUGCCAUUUCUGCCUUGACGUCGUUCUGCAUGGGACUUUUCGCAAACAUGCCUCUGGGUCUUGCUCCUGGUAUGGGCGUGAAUGCUUACUUUGCCUACACGGUCGUUGGCUAUCACGGCACAGGGUUGGUCCCAUAUGAAAUCGCACUCACUGCAGUCUUCGUUGAAGGAUGGAUCUUCUUUGCCCUUACUCUACUUGGUUUGCGACAAUGGCUUGCUCGAGCUAUCCCUGCUAGUAUCAAGCUUGCCACUGGAGUUGGAAUCGGCAUGUACCUCACCCUCAUCGGUCUCGGGUACUCGGCUGGUAUCGGACUUGUCACGGCGGCGCAAUCCACCCCCCUCGAGCUUGCCGGGUGCUCGCAAGCCUACUUCGAUGAGUUCGGCAUGUGCCCUCCAUCCCAGAAGAUGCGUAAUCCCAGCAUGUGGAUUGGUAUCUUUUGUGGUGGCAUUCUUACUGUUAUGCUCAUGAUGUACCGCGUCAAGGGUGCCAUCAUCAUGGGUAUCCUGCUCGUGUCCAUCAUCUCUUGGCCUCGCACAUCUUCUGUCACGUACUUCCCGCACACCGAGCUCGGCGACUCUUCAUUCGAUUUCUUCAAAAAAGUCGUCACUUUCCAUCCGAUCGGCAAGAUCUUGAAUGUCAACCAAUGGAACAUCUCCGAGCACGGUGGUCAGUUCGGUCUCGCACUCAUCACGCUGCUCUACGUCGAUAUCCUUGACUGCACGGGAACCUUGUACUCCAUGGCUCGAUUUGCUGGCUUGAUGGAUGAGCACACGCAGGAUUUCGAAGGAAGUUCCAUUGCUUACACCGUCGACGCCAUCGGUAUCUCGAUCGGUUCUCUCUUUGGUACAUCGCCCGUCACUGCUUUCAUUGAGAGUGGUGCUGGUAUCUCCGAAGGUGGAAAAACGGGUAUAACUGCCAUGGUUACUGGUCUGUGCUUCUUCAUCAGUAUCUUCUUCGCGCCCAUUUUCGCCUCGAUCCCACCGUGGGCUACAGGAGGCACGCUCAUCAUCGUCGGCUGCCUCAUGUCGCAAGCCGCAAAGGACAUCAACUGGCGCUACAUCGGCGACGCCGUCCCUGCCUUCCUCACCAUCACUAUCAUGCCCUUCAGCUACUCGAUCGCAUACGGCCUCAUCGCAGGAAUCUUCUCGUACAUUCUCAUCAACACGCUCGUCUGGAUCAUCGAAAAGGCAUCAGGCGGUCGCAUUGUUCCUGCCAACAAGGAAGAGAAGGAUCCCUGGACGUAUCGCAUUCCCGGCGGUGUCACGCCUCCUUGGAUGCGCCGUCUUUUAUCUGGAAAGAAAGACUUCUGGAAGCCAGAUGCGGAAAUGGAUGGGGUUUCCGCGGGCGUUGUAUCUGAGCGGAAGAGCGAGGGUAGUGAUGAGGGCGAUGCGCAUAAGCAGCCUCAAAAGAUGGCUUAGAUUUCCCUUCUGCAACGAGUUUGAACAAUAAGAAAAAGCAAAAAAAGUGAGAAGUUGGGGGGAUACAUGGACUUGAUCGGGAUCAAGUAGCGGCUGCGUAUAGUUUUACGGCCUGAAUGGAACCAGAAUGAUAUAACUGGUAUAGUCCAUCGCUCAUAUGGCGGGACAACUCAAUCAAGAUUGAAAACAUACACAUGCCCUGCAAGAUGAUGAUGUUGAAGCGCUCGGUCACUCGGGCAUAUUGCGCGCACCUCGCUUGUGAUGAUCAAUUUAUUCGGCAUGGAGACGCAUAUGCAUGCUACGAGGGUCAGACCUUCGUAUCCAUGUCCUCUUCUGCACGUCUCGAUUUGAUGCUAAGAUCUUCAGAGUAGUUGCACACCCACAGCUUGGUGAUCUGACUAAGACGACGGUCACUGGGCGAAGUGUUCCAUAGAAUUGUAUGAAUCCAAGACUAAGACUGCUCGUACCGGACGAUGAACAUGUACCAAAUAUAUCGUUAAUGGUAGACAAAAAGAAAGUCACAUGCAUCUCGGUUGCGGGUACGCGCGGGUCUCUUUCUCUGUCAUC